ACGCGCAGGUGCACAGGUCAGAUCACGCGGAAGUGACGUGCGCGCUCACGCGAUUGGCAUUAAAGCUUCGGGAUUAGAUCGGAGGAGCACAGCCGAGACAAAUGGUGCGAAGAGAAGAGGAGAUACUUUGCGGUCGGCGCUAGAAGCAUCUCGGGAAAUGAGCGUCAACUUCUCUGGAGCUGUUUCUCUGCUGAAGGAGGAUCAUGCGUGGCAUCGCCGUCAGUUGUGUGUCAUAAACCCCAACAGAAUUCAUCUGUAAAGCCUCGCCGCUCAUUUCCUGUUGGGUGAGAAGGGCAUCUGCCCAUGCACGGCACCAUGGGAAGCUCCCCAGAGGUGUUGUCCUGGACGUCCUGUCCCAGUCUGCUGGUGGGGAAGCUGAAGGAGGAGCUGAAGAUCACAGUCGUCGGUGACUCCAUAAAGAAAACCAACACUAACGUUUCUCCUCAAACGCUGCUUCCACCGGCACCACCUCCACCGGAGAUCAUCGCAGACCUGGCUCCGCCCACCACCCUUCCCAUGCAACUGCAGCAUAUGCAGCUCCCCUGCAGAGACGCCGAGGCGGGCGGCACCAGCCCUCCAUGCACGGCCCUCAGCGAGGACUCAACGCGGGAGCAGGGAAACUUCGACAACAGUGUGCUGCAGCUGCAGGAGCACGUGGAGGCCGAGACGCCGGGGUCCUGCGGUCAGGGAGACUGCGGAAGCGGCACGGAGGAGAAAAACGGGGAAGGCGGGUAUCCAGUGAACCACAGCAGGGACGAUAAACACCACCAUCCACAUGAAGACAUCAAACUGCACUUUCAUCGAGCCGGGACGGGCAGCGGUGGAUUCCUAGAGGGACUGUUCGGAUGUUUGAGACCUGUGUGGAAUAUUAUUGGGAAAACAUACUCGACUGAGUACAAACUUCAGCAGCAAGUUGACCUGUGGGAGGUGCCUUUUGAGGAGAUCUCUGAGCUGCAGUGGCUGGGCAGCGGAGCACAGGGCGCCGUGUUCCUCGGAAAGUUUCACUCCGAAGAUGUCGCCAUCAAGAAAGUCAGAGAGCAGAAGGAGACUGAUAUCAAACACCUGCGCAAGCUGAAGCAUCCCAACGUCAUCAGCUUCAAGGGUGUUUGCACGCAGGCCCCGUGUUACUGUAUCAUCAUGGAGUAUUGUGCUCAAGGGCAGCUGUACGAGGUUCUCAGGGCCGGACGUAAGAUCACGCCACGGCUGCUGGUGGACUGGGCCUCAGGGAUCGCCAGCGGCAUGAACUACCUGCACCUCCACAAAAUCAUCCACAGGGACCUCAAGUCACCAAAUGUGCUAGUCACUCAAAAUGACAACAUGAAGAUCUCAGACUUUGGAACCUCUAAAGAGCUCAGUGACAAGAGCAUGAAGAUGUCAUUUGCCGGGACGGUGGCCUGGAUGGCUCCCGAAGUGAUCCGGAAUGAGCCGGUGUCGGAGAAAGUAGACAUUUGGUCAUUCGGGGUGGUGUUAUGGGAGCUGCUGACUGGGGAGAUCCCCUAUAAGGACGUGGACUCGUCUGCCAUCAUCUGGGGUGUUGGGAGUAAUAGCCUCCAUCUGCCUGUGCCGUCCACCUGUCCCGACGGCUUCAAGAUCCUCAUGAAACAGACCUGGCAAAGUAAACCCAGAAACCGUCCGUCCUUCAGGCAGAUCCUUCUCCAUCUGGAUAUCGCAGCGGCGGAUGUGCUCGGGACGCCACAGGAGACCUACUUCAAAUCUCAGGGGGAAUGGAGAGAGGAGGUGAAGAAGCAUUUCGAGAAGAUCAAGAGUGAAGGCACCUGCAUCCAUCGACUGGACGAGGAGCUGAUUCGACGCAGAAGAGACGAGCUCAGACACGCUCUGGAUAUCCGAGAGCAUUACGAGAGGAAACUGGAGCGAGCCAAUAACCUGUACAUGGAGCUCAGCGCGAUCAUGCUUCAGCUGGAGGUGCGAGAGAAAGAGCUGCUCCAGAGAGAGCAGGCCGUGGAGAAGAAGCAUCCCGGCACGUACAAACGGCAUCUGGUUCGGCCCAUUGUGCGCCCCAAUGCUGUUGAGAAGCUCAUUAAGAAGAAGAGCGGCAUGAACCAUAAACCCGGGACACAACAGCCAAAGAGACCGGAUCUGCUGCGCUCCGAUGGCAUUCCCAGCGCCGAGCCUCUUCUGGCUCCGUCCCCGUUAUCAGGAAGCCCGAAAGUGUCCACCCCGCCCGGGAAAGCCCGGUACCGCAGUAAACCCCGCCACCGGAGGGCCAACAGCAAAGGCAGUCACAGUGAGUUCCCAGGGGCCCUCAAACCUGAUUCAGGGCCGGCGGAGGAGCAGGAACCCCUGCAGGAGCAAAGCUACCACCACCACCAUCACCCUCCGCCCGAGGGCCCGCUGUUACCGGUGCAGAACCGUGACAUCGCUGUAGCCACAUGUGCCAACAACCUGCGUUACUUCGGGCCGGCCGCUGCGCUCCGCAGCCCACAGACAGACCACCUGCAGAGGACACUGUCCGGCUCCAGUCCCGACCUGAUCUCCACGGCUGUAGACGCUGAUUCACGCAGCCGCAGGUCCUCUAUCCCUCCCUCCGUGGGUUCGGGUCCUGGGCCGCUGUGUCCCUGCUGCCAGGCUCAUCCGUUCCCCGGCUGCAUGCACUGUCAGGAGACGCCCGCCGCUCCCAGACACCCCCAGAUCCCUCAUUACUCACUGCUGAGCACCAGAGAAGAGACGCCGCCCGCCGAUAAGACAACCUCCAGUGGCCUGCUGCACUCGCCCAGAGCCCUGAGAAACGGGCGAGACGAGUCUUCUGAGGAAGAGGAAGGAGAGGUUGACAGUGAAGUGGAGUUUCCACGCAGACAGCGGCCUCACCAAUGCAUCAGCAGCUUCAAGUCGUACUCCACCUUCAGCUCGGAGAACCUGUCGGUGUCUGACGGUGAGGAGGGAAACACCAGCGAUCACUCGCUCAGCGCCGGUCAGGAGGAGCAUCUGGACGAGCUCCUGUCCCACACGCCUGAGAUCCCCAUCGACAUUUCCACGCAGUCCGACGGUCUGUCCGAUAAAGAGUGCGCCGUCCGCCGGGUCAAGACACAGAUCUCUCUGGGCAAGCUGUGUGCUGAUGAGCACAGCUACGAGAAUCCGCUGCAUUUCCGGGAUUCCGACUGUGACACGUCGGAUGCAGAAUGUUCCGACGCAACCAUCAGGAACAAACAGCCCUGCGCUCCUUCAUCCUGGUGAGCGCCAGGCUUCGGAGGAAACACGGCAAUAAUGACCCGACCUAUCCCAUAAUCCACCUCUCUCUCUCUCUCUCUCUCUCUCUCUGAGCAUCUCAGGCAGAUUCCUCCAAAGUGAUAAUGUAGCGAGAGUAACAUGCUUAACUUAUACUUUAUUACGAGCCGGAGGAAACGAAAUCAGGAACUCAGACUUCCUCGGAGUAUUAGUGCUGAAGUGUUGAAGGCGACUCGAUUCCAGUUAGACUAGUUAGAAGGUGUGUGUGUGUGUGUGUGUGUCUAGGUACGUGAGCGAAAGUGUUAAGUGUGUUUGCCCUUCAGGAUAAUAAAGUUUGAGCACCAGCAGGAACGAUUUCUGGCUUCCUAGAUGUGUGUAAGUAUCCCAGCAUGCCUGCUUGGUCAGCAUUUGAUCAGCCAAUCAGAUCGCUGCUGCGGACAAACAGGAAGUCAAAGAACAACUGCUGAAUAAAAACGAUCAAAUCAGUGUUUGAGCUGAAGCCAAGCAGCUUUAUUCUCAUCUCAGGACUGUGUUUGAGGAGAGCGGUGAAAGUAUAUUAUCAACUACAGCUACAGAUGGCAAACGUUUGGAAUAAUUCAUGUUUUUUACGAAAGAAGUCUCUUUUGAUCGUCAAGGCUGCAUUUGUAAAAUACAAUAAAAUCUGUGAAAAUGUCAAAUAUUAUUAUAGUUUAAAAUAUGUGG